AUGCUAAAGUAUUUGAUAAUUGCUAUCAUCGUCCUGCAUAGAUGCUCAUCUGGACUAGACCUGUGCAUGUAUUUUGCUAUUCUUGGCAAGCCUCGACCAGAAUGUGAAAUACUUGUCACCGAAGAAACUCCAGAGCAUGAUGAAGAACCAGAGAUGAUUAGCAGUAAUACUGACGAUUUAUCUGAUGUUGGAAAUAGCAGAUUUAUUGAUGACAAUUUAUACGCUUUAUUUAAUAAGCGACAACGUGCUGUUGGUAAGUUUACACAAAUAGCAGCUAAAUAG